AUGUCGAGUGAGUUGGCAAGGCACGAUGACUUUCAAAAGGAGGAGCAGCAGCUGGCGCAACGUCACGGCUGCCUACCACCACCCAGACUUCAGAAUCAACGGCCACUCGGCAUCGACCGCCUUGAACAGAUCUUCAGGGCCAACACGGAAUCACGACUGAUGGAGCUUUUUCUCCUCCACUUUCGACAGACUGGAAAUACCUUGGACCAAGUUUUCCUGGGCACCCAAGCCUUUGGAACCAUCGAUCCCGCCAACUUGGAAGCGAUCCUGAGCACCAAUUUCAAAGAUUACAGCAUGGGACUAAGAAGGGCGAUUACAUUCCCAAUGUUCGGCGAUGGCAUCUUUACUCAAGAGGGGCCAGCGUGGAAGCAUUCCCGAGAAUUGCUCAGACCGCAGUUUGCGCACAAGCAGUAUGACAAUCUGGGAGUGUUUGGCGACGCCAUCGAGGAUCUCUUGACCGCGAUUCCGUCCAUUGGAGGAGUCGUCGACCUUCAGCCUUUGUUCUUCCGGCUCACUCUAGACACCACCACUGCGUUCCUAUUCGGAGAAUCUGUGCGAAGUCUGAGAGCACCAAAGUCGGCUGGGGAGCAAACUUUUGCCGACGCCUUCAACAUCGCGCAAGAAUAUGUGGCAAAGAGAUUUCGGCUCUUGGAUUUCUACUGGCUCAUAGGCGGUCCCAAAUUCCAACGAGCAUGCGCCGAUGUUCACAAGUUCGCCGAUUGGAUCAUCAAACAAAACUUGGCGCAGGAAAAAUGUGGCACCACUGGUGAAGAGAGACACACGUUUCUGAAGACAGUAUCAGAGAUCAUCCCAGAUCGAAAUGCUCUCAGAAGCCAGAUCAUCAACAUUUUGGUCGCUGGCCGUGAUACCACGGCAUGCCUGCUUUCUUGGACCUUCUUCUUACUAGUUCGCUAUCCACGUGCCCUCGACAAGCUGCGCGUGGAGAUCAAGGAUGCGUGUGAGGGGAAAGAAGAGCUCACCAGAAAUGAUCUCAGAGAAAUGAAAUAUCUGCAGAAUGUCCUGAAGGAGACACUUCGUCUGUACCCCUCCGUGCCAGUCAACACCCGCACCGCAACGAGAACCACCAUACUACCUACCGGCGGUGGCUCGGAUCGCAAAUCUCCUGUGCUCAUCCCCAAGGGCGCGGCUGUUGCAUAUUGCGUUUAUGCUUUGCAUCGCAGACCAGAUCUUUACGGAAUGGACGCCGAGGGCUUUCGUCCCGAAAGAUGGGACGAGGACAUGCCUCUAAAUCGCAAUUCUACGGAUGCUAAAUGGGGUUAUCUGCCCUUCAAUGGCGGACCAAGGAUCUGCCUGGGAAUGGAUUUUGCCCUCACCGAAGCGGCAUACACCAUUGUUCGCCUGAUGCAACGCUUCCCGGUCAUUAGACUGCCUUCCACCGAGCGGGUGGAGGUGACAGGCGUCGAAAAGCAAACAAUGACACUGGUCAUGUCCAUCACUGAAGGCUGCAAGGUUGAAAUGCACUCUUGA